UGCCUUCAAAGGCAUUUAAUAUGCGGAUCAAUAUAGUCGUGUGUGCUUUCAUUGGAUUGUUUUUUAGUGAAUUCUCGGUAGGUUUAUAAUAGCAAACAUUUUCAAAUAAUUUUGUAGAUUUUUUUUAGAUGGCAGUCGUUUUCAAAAUGACAAACGUCGUGUGUGAGAGCUACAAUAGUUCUUGGUAUGUUUUCCAUAAUUGUCGCCUGAAGGCUGUGGGUCGAGACAAGGUUGUACUUAAUAUAAACGAAACAAUUCUUUACCCAGUUAAUAAUGCACAAGUUCACCUUAAAAUGUAUAAAAGAGAAAAUGGUUUCAAGCCCUGGCUACUUGACACCAAAAUCGACGCUUGUCGUUUUUUGAGACGAAGAUAUGAUCCUUUCGCCAAAAUAGUCUACAGUCUCUUUCAACCCUUUACCAAUAUGAACCACACGUGUCCCUAUGUGGGAACUCAGAUUAUUAAAGGAUUUUACCUGAAGCCCGAACUGCUCCUUCUACCGUUUCCAACUGGCCAGUAUAUGCUGGCCAUAAGAUGGUUCUUUGACAAGAAACUGCAGGCCGAUACAAACGUUAGCUUUUUGUUCGUAGAGGAUUUUUAA